AUGGGUAACGAGGUGUCUAGACAAGUGCAAAAUUUGCGUGAUCGCCGGAACAGAAAUGGAUGCAACUUUCCUGGUUAUGAUUAUCAUGUACAGGACAGAAAAAAUUGGAUGUCAACACUUGCCUCCGAGAGACUUCAUGUGAACCAGAUUGUUUGGCCAGGUACACAUAAUUCUGCAACUGAAUAUGUUGGAGACCCAAUCAUAACUCGCCCUUGUGGUCGAUGCCAACGUUUGUCCAUUUACCAACAACUUGUAAUUGGUGUUCGUGUUUUUGAUAUCCGUGUUCAAAAAGAUCGACUUGUAUGCCAUGACAUCCUUAAUGGCUACAACGUUGAUGUUGUUAUCAACGAUGUCAAGACAUUCCUGUUGGAAACACAUUCAGAGAUAAUAAUCCUGGAAAUAAGUAGAGAGUUUGGCCAACAGGAUCCAUCAGAUUUUGACAGGUAUUUGGAGGCUGAGCUAGGGGAGUUUCUCAUCCACCAAGAUGACAAUGUUUUCAACAAGACUAUAGCAGAGCUAUUGCCAAAACGAAUAAUAUGCAUUUGGAAACCAAGAAAUUCUCCUGAACUUAGACAAGGAGGUCAAUUAUGGAGUUCAUGUUAUCUAAAAGGUGACUGGACAAACACUGACUUACCUGAAACAAAAUUUGAAAGCAAUAUGCAGCAUUUGAGCAACCAACGACCAGUAACAUCCCAGAUAAAACAAGGUGGAGAACACAGUGACAGCACAGACAAAUACUCUAAACCUGUUGUUUGGUACACUGGGGUGGAACAACUGAAUCUACAGAUUCAACCAUUUGCAAGGUUGUUUAUAAUGGAAUGUAUUUCUCGAGGUUAUGGUGAUCGAUUACAAAUAUUUUCAUCAGACUUCAUAGAGGAGGAUUUUGUGGAUGCGUGCAUUGGUCUUACCAAUGCAAGGAUCGAAGGGCAGCUCUGAAUCUGA